GAAACAAACACUCACCUAUUCUCUUCUCUCUCCGUCGCCAACAGUUUCUUUCUCUCUACAACUCUACCUGUAAUGGAAAAAAUUGAACCAAAACACCAAAAUUUAGCUAAUUUCAAAGUUGGGUCAUUGCCAACUCUAUUUUAUAUCCCUAACUUUAUCACAGAGAAUGAUCAAACCCUUCUACUCAACAAUAUUAAUGGAGCUCCUUCAUCAAAGUGGAAGUUGUUAAAGAAUAGAAGGCUUCAGAAUUGGGGUGGUGUUGUUCAUGAGAAGGGGCUUCUACCUCAAGCUUUGCCUCCAUGGUUGACAAAUUUCACACAAAAAAUAUGUGAAGAAUCAGGACUAUUCCCAUCACCAAUCAAUCAUGUUCUCAUAAAUGAAUACCAACCUAACCAAGGCAUAAUGCCACACCAGGAUGGACCUUCCUAUUUUCCAGUUGUUGCUAUUCUAUCACUUGGAUCUCCUGUUGUCAUGGACUUCACUCCCCAUGCAAGAUUAAAACUUGAUUCACAAGAAGUUAUUGACAACGAAUCAGACGGAGAAACUAUUGAGACUGGGAAAGAAAUGUGGCUUGAUGAUCACCAUCCAUUCUCUAUUAUAUUGAUGCCUCGCAGUUUACUGAUAUUCAAGGAUAAGGCAUACUCAGAUUACUUGCAUGGUAUAAAAGAUUGUGCUGUACAUGGCUAUGAUGGGGCUGUAAAUGAAAUUGAAGCUUUGAAACACAAUGAAUCAGAUAGCCGUCUUUUUGGCUCAGAGGAAGUGGUGGAAACAAUAGGAAAAGAUGAGUAUAAGAAUAUAUCAAGAACUUCCAAUAGAAUUUCAUUGACUUGCAGAUUGGUUCCAAAAGUUCACAAGAAUUUGUUUAGGUUUUGAAAUUAUAUACAUUUCAUCUUCCAUUCAAUCAAAAGUUUAAUUGUCACCUUGUUUUUAGUUUUUCUUUUUCUUUCUCUGUACAAUAUUCUCGUUGACUCAGUCGAUCUAUGUUGUGAUUAUGAAACAAUUGUGCAAACCUAGAUCUCACUAGUAGCGGUCCAAACAUAUACUUAGCAAUGGUCAUACCAAAAACCUAAUAUCUACUAUGUACAAUAAAAUAGAGUUUUUCUUA